AUGAAGAGGUUCGUGACCAUCGUCUUGCGCGGUCUGCUCAGCCUGUCCAAGGAGAACCCCGUCUGGGCCAAGGAGCGCCAUUGGUUGCCCAAAAAGGAGAUCAGACGGAAAAGGAGGGCGUUCCGAAGUGCCAGAAGCGCCGGCGGACGCAACUUAGUCAAGGCGAUGAUACUGACGGUGUACCUCAGCGACGGAGAGCAGGCCCUGACGGAGGUCCCCAUCACCCCCGAGACCACCUGCCGCGAUGUGGUGGAGUUCUGCAAAGAACCCGGAGAGAACGGCUGCCACCUGGCUGAGGUCUGGAGAGGAAACGAGCGAGCCAUCCCAUUUGAGCACAUGAUGUACGAACAUCUCCAAAAAUGGGGACCCCGCAAGCAGGAGGUGAAGUUCUUCUUGCGGCACGAAGAUUCUCCCACCGAGAGCAGCGAUCAGGGGAGUCAGCAGUCUCAGGAUCAGACGGGACGGAGGACCGGCAACGCUGGAGAGAAGCACAAUGAGAACGGGGUGGGGAAUCCUCGCGUGGAGCUGACGCUUUCCGAGCUCCAGGAAAUGGCCACCAGGCAGCAGCAGCAAAUUGAAGCUCAGCAGCAGAUGCUCGUCGCUAAGGAGCAGCGUUUACGCUACCUGAAGCAGCAGGAGCGACGUCAGCAGCAGUCGGCCACCGAGAGCGAGAAGCUGCAGCGGCUGAAGGAGCGCGUGGAGAGUCAGGAGGCCAAGCUUAAGAAGAUCCGUGCCAUGCGGGGUCAGGUUGACUACAGCAAGGUCAUCAACGGAAACUUGUCCGCAGAGAUCGAGCAGGUGAGCGGACUUUUCCAGGAGAAGCAGGCCGAGCUGCAGGCGGCCGUGCUGCGGGUGGAGCAGCUCAGCCUGCAGUUGGAGGACCUGCGUCGGGGAAAGCUCAAUGGCAUUCAAACCACCCUGGGCGGACAAGUGACCGGCACUGCUGCACUGGAGCUCCGGAAGCUGUACCAGGAGCUCCAGAUUCGCAACAAGCUAAACCAGGAGCAAAAUAGCAAGCUUCAGCAACAGAAGGAGCUCCUCAACAAACGCAACAUGGAGGUGACACUCAUGGACAAGCGCAUCAGCGAGCUGCGGGAGCGCCUCUACAAGAAAAAAGCUGAGGCACGUCAAAAAGAGAACCUCCCUCUCAACCGAGCAAACGGCCCGCCGUCCCCGCAGCCGGCUACCGGCACGUUGGGGCGCGUGGCUGCCGUGGGGCCUUACAUCCAAGUACCCGUGCCGACCCGACAGGACGGCGGUUACGUCUUGCCGCCGGAACCGCUCAAGCCGCAAACUUUGGGUGUUAAUAACCAAGCUAACCAAGGCCGUGCCAAGUCAGACGGCGGCGCGCAAAAGCCGCCCGGCGGCACCUGGAAAGUGUCCGAUUUAGACAUCGUCGUGGACCCGCUGCCUGAGUCUCACCCGGGUCCGGGAGCAGCCUCUAGUUCUGACAGCACGUCCCCCGGCGACGCCGGUUGGCCCCCCGCGGCGAAAGGGGGCGCAUCCCUAAAGCCUCCCGAGAGACGAGACUCGGAUUCGCAAGCUAAGACCCCCCCUUCCGGCAGCCCCGCCGCCUCAAGUGCAGAAAAGUCGCCGGACUCCAAAAUGGCCGUGUCGUCCCCUUCCAUAUCCAAACCGCAACCGCCGCCGUACGGCUCGCACUUGUCUUCGGCGAGCUCCUUGGAGCGUCGCAAGGACGCGCCGCCCCCGCUGCCCCCGCCGCGGCAAAUGCCGAACCCCCCGGCGCCCGCCUGGGCCCGCGUGCCGCCCGCCACCGGCUCGUCCUCGCAGCAGAUCCAGCAGCGGAUAUCGGUGCCACCGAGUCCCACUUUCCAACCCCACGCGCCGCUCUUCCCGACCGGCAUGAGCGAGCGGUUGGACCCCCCGCCGGCCGUGGCGGUGCGCCCGUUCAUCCCGGACAGAGGGUCGCGGCCCCAGUCGCCUCGUAAGGGCCCGGCUACCAUGAACUCCAGCUCCAUCUAUCAUAUGUACCUCCAGCAGGCGGCACCGAAGAAUCAGCCACUCAAACCUGCACUCAAAGCAGUCUAUGGGAAACCUGUCCUCCCUCCCAAUUCGACACCCCCGUCGCCCCUGCCUUUUGUUCCGGCCGGAGGGGCCUUCCCGUUGCUCCAGGGUCCAGCCGGCGGCGUCGACGACACGCUAGAUGGCGACGCUGAGGAACAGGACGGCCUACGCCACACGGAACCGUUGGCUCCUCCCCCCAGCGUCGAGAACAUCCCACGCCCGCUCAGCCCCACCAAGCUCACGCCAAUGGUACACUCCCCAAUGCGCUACCAAAGCGACGCCGACCUGGAGGUGCUCCGGAAAAAGCUAGCAAACGCUCCGAGACCCCUGAAAAAACGCAGCUCUAUCACGGAACCGGAAGGCCCGAGCGGACCCAACAUCCAAAAACUUCUUUACCAGAGAUUCAACACACUCGCGGGGGGCAUCGAAGGAAGCGUCGGAUCGGGGGGCGGCAACGGCGCCGGCAACGGAACGCCCUUUUAUCAGCCGGCAAAUCCGCCGGGCUUUCUGGCCCGCGACCCGGCCGCCGACACGGACAACGGCAACCUUCCCUUGGACGCACUUCCUCCACCGCCGCCGCCCGAAGCGGAGGAACCGGGGUCGGAGGCGUCGCCCGUCGACCCCAACGACAACCGGCCGCUGCCUCCUCCUCCUGAAGGACUUUUGGACCCCGCCGAAGACGAAGGACCUGAAGAGGACGAGGACGACGACAACAAUAACAACUUGGAAAGCUCGAAAACUUUACCGAGCCCCGUGCUGGAGGUAACGUCUCCGGAGGAGAGCGGUAUCGCGCUGACCCAACCGUCACGCACAAACCUAAAGAAACCCGAGUCUGAGCGCACUGGCCACGGCUACCGCGUCAAAUUCAACCCUCUGGCUCUCCUAUUAGACGCGUCACUAGAGGGCGAGUUCGACCUGGUCCAGAGGAUCAUCUAUGAGGUGGAAAACCCCAGCACGCCCAACGACGAGGGCAUCACCCCGCUGCAUAACGCCGUAUGCGCCGGACACCACCACAUCGUCAAGUUCCUGCUGGAUUUCGGCGUCAACGUCAAUGCGGCCGACAGCGACGGAUGGACUCCGCUCCACUGCGCCGCCUCGUGCAACAGCGUCCACCUGUGCAAGUUGCUAGUAGAGUCGGGGGCCGCCAUUUUCGCUAGCACCAUCAGCGACGUGGAGACGGCGGCUGACAAGUGCGAGGAAAUGGAGGAGGGUUACAUCCAGUGUUCACAGUUCUUAUACGGUGUUCAGGAAAAGAUGGGUGUCAUGAACAAGGGCACGGUGUACGCGCUGUGGAACUACGAAGCUCAGAACCAGGACGAGCUGUCUUUCGCAGAGGGCGACGCCGUCACUGUCCUGCGGCGGCAGGACGACAGCGAGACGGAGUGGUGGUGGGCGCAACUGGAAGACACGGAGGGCUACGUUCCUCGCAACUUGCUGGGGCUCUACCCUCGGAUCAAACCUCGCCAGCGCACUUUGGCGUAA